CCUUGUUAUCGCUGUAAAAAAAACCAGUUACUCCGAGACCCCCUCUACUAGCAGCCGGGUAUUAAUCGCCCGGGCAUCCUCAUUCUGUUGCGCUUCGUCAACGUAAUUUAUACAAUUUACGUGUACGAGUAAAUGACAAUUUUUUUAAUUUUAUUUAAAAGAGUUAGUCAAGUCUAAAUUACAAUUAUUAAAGUAUUAUUUAAAAUGAUCCUAUGUUAAAACUACCGGGUCCAGUAUUGUUGAGUACAUUCUUUCGUUUAUCAUUUUUAUUACGUGAACUACUGAGUGAAGAAUUAGUAGAUGUCAAUGACUUAAAAAUACAUCCAAAUAUUUUUUAUUUGGAAAAUUACAAUUUUUUUGGAAUCGAACGAAUAGGAGGUACAUUUUCUUAUUUGAAAAAUAUGUAUAAAGAAAUUAUCAAAUCGAAACUGGGACUUCCCUCUGACAGCCAAAACGAUGAUGAUAUUGAUACCGACAUAGAUGAUGAUGUGAUAGAGAUCAAUUCGGCUGCUGGUUUAAUUACUAUUUUAACAAGAAUCAUUAGGAAUACAGAAGAUAGAAAUGCAAACAUCCAUAUCGCCGAUGCUGUCAUGAAUAGAAUAUUGUCAUUCGAUCAUUUACCUACUGACAAAAUACAUGUAUUUUCUGUUCUACUAAAUAAUAUAAUGUGUUUAUAUCACGUAGCUAGUCAUAGACAAUUAAUUGAAUAUGUAGCUUUCAAAGAAAGAUUAGCCGAACUAUCAAUAGAUUAUGCUUUAGUAGAUUAUGAAUUAAAAACUACCAAUGAAAACAAAGAUGUUUUAGAGCAUACCCUUAAAGACAUUGAAAAAAAAGUAUGUUUAUCCUCGAGACAUAUAGCCUGGCUGAAGAGUUUGAUAUUUGUAGCCACAAAUGAACAAAUUUUAGAAUGGAUUCUCAUGAUCAUUUCUCACACAUUGAGAUAUUGUUCAGACAUAGAAGAAGAAUUGUUCAGAUUCGUCCCAGACUUUUAUAUAGAUAAUCUGUUAGGGUUAGCUGUUUUAUUACCUGAUUAUACAAACAUAACCCAGACGUUUGAUGAUAUUAUAGUUGGUAAAAAAUGGUUAGCCACGUUGAUCGCUGAAAUACUAAUGAAAAUUUUCAAUGACCAAAGAAUAAUUCAUCCGAAAUCAAGAGAAAUAAUAACACAAGGAAUAACUUUAUAUUUAACACAUCCUAAAUCAAUUGUUCUUCUUCAAGAAGUUUCAGAAAAAUCACGAUUGCGUGCGAUUAAAUCAAUUUUUAAACCGAUGGAGCGAAAAAUAUGGAUAAAAACCAAUUUAAUAUUGAUGUUAAUUUGGUAUGGUUCUGGAUUUGCAUUCCGUUAUACACGACCACCUCAUCUAAAAAAUAAACAUGUAUCUACACAAGGAGCACUUGAAGAAAUUGUAUUUUCUAACAUGGGCACUGUGCGACCACCUGCGACUGUGCUCCAAAAUGACAUACGAAAAUUUAUAGCUUAUGACAAAGAAACAGCGUCUAAUUUUAUUAAUAACUCUUUGAAUUAUCUAAACUGGGCUUUUUCUGAGUUUAUAAGUUUAUUCCAAGAAAUAAAAGAUAUAAACGGCAAUAAUUCUUUUAUUAUUUCGUCAGAAGAAGUGAAUAAGCUAAAAAGCUGCGGUAAAAGUUUCAUUUACACUGUAACUUUAUUACGUGUUAUUGAAAUGAUGAUUCAUUUUGAUCGUAAUAUUAUAAUUGACCAAGAAGGAUCACUUGGCAGAGUAUUUCAGUUAAUAUGUCAAAUUCUUAAUCGUAUAAAUGCUUCAUCUUCUACGUUUAGUCACAUUUUGGCAUCAUCUUUACCAUACAUGGAAUGUGUACAUAAGUUUACAAUUCUUGUAGCAACAACUGGUGUUUUGUUAUCUAUGUUAGAGGGUGAAAUAAAUAAAAAGGUUUCAGAAGAAAAUGCUGAAAGACCAAGCAAAAUUUCUAGUAUUCCAGAAAUUACAGAUGUUUUGAUUUCAGAUCCAAAUUUUAAUUUGUCAUCAUUGGACUUUAUUAUAUUAUCAGAAAAUGAAAAUGAUGAACCAUUUUCCUUAAAUUUUUAUAAAACUUAUAUUAAUAAGGAAGAGUUUGAAAAAGUUGGUGAUAUGUAUCAACAUUUGGAUUGGUAUAUGAAGCGUCACAAAUCUAUGGCUUCUAGCAUAAAUGAGGAGGAUUUAUGUAUAAUAUGUUAUUCAAAUAAAAACAGUGUAACUUUGAUACCGUGUAGACAUCAAUGCUGCAAAUUAUGUAUAAAUCAUCACAUUCUUUAUUCACGUGUUUGUUUUUAUUGUAAGGGAAGAAUCGAAUCGGUGGUAGAUACUAAUAAUUUGUCGACUGUAAUACAUGAUUUUGGAACUGAACCCCCACCAUUAUCAUGAACUAGAUGGACAGCACAACAGAUUAUAAUAUCAUCAAUAUUUAAAAUAUAUAAUAGCUUGCAAACGAGAAUGAAAAUGCAACAUAUUGAAGAAUAAAGUAGAAGUGGGAGGCAUAAGAAUGGGCUGUGUUUACUUGUGCAGUUUAGUGUUUCACAGACCCUUAGGUGAGAAGAUUAAGUCAUUCGUGUACAAACGUCGCGUCAUGAACGUCCUAAUCCCACUGGCUUUGUCGGUAUUCUUGCUCAAUCAAAAUAAUGCUUGGUUUAUAAAUCACAAAAAUUCAGGAGGUAUCGAAAAAAGUAAUCUUAAAUCAGUAUGGGAUCUACUAUAUUUUGAUAAAGAAAUAUUGGAACGUAAUAUCCCUAAAGAUACAUUAAAUAAAAAGAAGGUUAAAAGUUCCGACAUAUUUUCAUCUCUGAUGAAACGAACUCAAACUUCUUUAACUCCAUAUGAAAGUAUUGAGAAGUUUCUUACCAUAUGUUUGCUUAUCUGAUAAUAAAUGAAAAUGAGCACGUAUGGAUCUGCCUCCCUAAAACUAGCGGUUAAUCAUAAUAUUCAUGAAUGUACUUAAUGAAGUAAUUUUUCACAAAAUUUAAGUUAGCGAAUUCUCUAUGUACGAGAUAGAUGUUAUGAGUGACCUGAAGCAGUUUUUCGAUAAUAUAAGUGCUAAUGUUAAGCAAAUGAAAGAAAACCAGCAAUCUAAGUACAAUAUUCAAAGAAAAUAUGGUA